AGGUCACGUACAAUAAACACUGCAUUUCAAUUGGCCCGUCACCACACGCCCCGCCCCCUUCAGUGGUACAUUUAGCUGUGCGGCUCUCCAAGUGUAGGAACUGCAACGACUACAGAAGUGAAAAUGAUCAACUGGAAGGCUUUGGACAACGUCCCCAUCCUCCUGUACAUCUUGGCCCUGAAGACACUCCUGCUGUGUUUGGGGUUCGCGGGAGUGAAGAUCUACCAGAGCAAGAAAGCCGAGGAGGCCCUGAAGAAGCAGCAGGCUGAGAAGAAGAGGAGGCUGGCCCAGCAGACCCAGGAGCUCCUCGACAACUUAAAGGAAGACUGAGCAGAGGAGAGAAGCCGCUGUACACAGGGAAACAUGGUGCUGACCUGAGCAACAAGCCACACUCUCCAACUUAUGAGCCCGAUGUGUGACCGUCGUCGGCAGCAGGAGCCCUUUCCUGUGCUUCAGGAAGUCGUUUGAGGUUCUGGUGCCGGGACUGCUUACCACGUCAAUUUUAAUGUAAAGUCUAUGUGUGCCAGGUUUUCUAAGAUGACAUUUUACAGCAGACACCAUGUGGACUGCUGCAGUAAGACUGAGAUGAGACUGAUUGGUCUUUUUAAACAGUUUAUAUCAGGCACAUUUUUCCAACAUUCACCCAUUUCUGGACUGAGCUUCCCUGUAUAUCGUCUGCUUUGUUCAUACUCAAUCUGCAUUGAGUCUGGCAGCUGAGGCUUUCAUCCACAUGUACUGAGAAUAAGUGCCACACUUGCGUUUCACUUUGUACACAGAGUAGUACCUUAUUUAUAUAAAUACAGCCUGCUAUUUAUUUCAUAAUGUUCCUUGUACAUGUUAAACCUGCUUUGUGGCUAUUUUUUAUUAUAUCAAGUAAUUUGAUCUAAAUGCUACAAUGUUGUUCACUACCGCACAGAUGAGUCUGUGUGUUCCUAGCAACUCUACCACCCUGUUUUAUGUAUUUGUUUACCGAGGAAUAAAAGUAUUUUUUAAUUCUCCAUA